AUGAGUCAGUCUCCAUCCUACCAGAGAGAUUCUUCCUCUGCAUCUCCUGAGAGUCCUAAAGAAGGUGACAUCUCCCCUCUACAGCUUUAUGACAACCUGAAGAGCCUGGAGGAGCAUGAGACAUGUGACGACCAGAAAGAUCCCAUUGCCAACAUCAUAACUGACAACUACUCCAGCUCUCGUUUAAACACUCCGCUAGCGGCAAAUGACCUUGGGAAGCUACGUGCUGGCAUUGUUCUACAAGAACAAGCGAUUAAGAAAAGUAAUUGCAGAGAACUGAGAUGCUUCAGUACAUCGCCUAUAAAAAAGAAGCCUCCGGUCUCACCAGAGUUCAUGGAGGUGCUUGCGUUGGAUGGAAGAUUGAUUACUUUGGUGAGCGCUCAGUGCCAGACAGAUUGGGAAUGGGUGGAGCAGAGUCUCUCUUUCAGCUGUCAAGUUCAAAAGGAAAUUGAAGAUCCCCAGUUGUUGCAGGCAGAGGUGGUGAGCAUGGACACUGUCGCUGAUUCUUCUGAGGAGCCAGAGAAUGAAAAGAUUCCAAAGACGGAGCAUGAUAUAUCUUGUGUGGGUUCGCCUCGUCUCAUAGCAUACAAGCCAGAGCCAAAACAAACUUCUUAUGUUGAAAAGGUUCCAGAGGUUGAAUCUAAACAGGAUGUGCUUCAUGCUCAGUGUGACUAUUGCCAGCAGCUCUGUCAGCCCUUUAUACAAAGUGAACUGUUGGAAAAUGAAACAGACUUUGAGAGGCUCUUUUGUUGUGAGCUAGCUAAACAAAUGAGAGAGCUUAUAAUUGGAGAGAGAGAGAAAUUGGCAGAGGAGGAGUCAGACAGGAAGAUUGAUGUGAACCCGCAUGUCCCUGUCAUGAGUGAGGAGGAGAGGACAGCUGCUAAAGAGCGGGCGAAGGAGAGGUUGAGACUUUUUCAACUCCAGAGAAAACCUAAAAAAGACAACUUGAAUAUAGACAUGAGCCAUAUAGAUGCCAAACAUAACACCUGCCACAGGCUGUCAAAAAAGAUUCCCUGUGUCAAUAAUGGGCCUCACAUUCUUCAGAUAAAUAUGAACAAGAUUACUGACUUGUUUGAACUACACAAAGAGACACAUGGUGAGCCAAAGCUCAAGUUCUACAAAAGUGGGAAAAGUUUUCUCAUCUUGUUUCCAGAUGGAACAGGGAAUGUUUUUUAUCCUUCUGGGAAAGCAGCCAUUAUAAUAUCAUCUGCAGAAGAUGCUGACUUCACUUACAUUAUCUUGGAGGACAAGGACGAAGCACCCAGCAUCAAAGGCAUUUUCACAAAUAAAGGCGACGCCAUAUGCUAUCAUCCCAAUGGAAGGAUGUGGUUGAAUCUGACCCAUGUUGGAGGUAUCUGCUUCAGUGAGACAGGAGCUUUGAGGAGGCGCUGGAAUUGGUUGUAUCGUGCCCCGCAUGUACGUAAUCUUCCCUUCAAGCCGCUAACCUUUACCCUGGGCCAACACAUCAGUGUGCGCAUACACUCAAAACAACGCAUGUACAUUACCUUUUCAUGUCAGCAGAACAGCGUGCACUUCAAUGUGGGGUCAAAGCUUGAGCUCAUUUAUCCAGAGAGCCAUGACAAGCCGGGGCAAGACACUCUGCAGAGCUAUACCAAAAAGAAGAGCUCAGAGAUUUACUCUCUGCUUGGCCAGAUGCAGACCUGCAUGUCCCACCACUCUUCAAGCCUGAGCAACAUUAAGCCACAUUACCGUUUCAUUGCCCAGACGCAAAAGGAGAAGUCACCCGAAACGAUAAAGGCCAAUGUAAAUAAAGAGAUAAAUACAGACUAGGCAAAAGCUGAUAU